AUGGACUCUGAAUUUCCUUCGGGUGUCCGAAAGCGCCGCCGUCCCGCCGUUUCUUGCAUCGAAUGCCGACGCCGCAAAGUCCGCUGUGACCGGGCAAAACCCUGUGGGCAGUGCACAGCUCACAAUACGCCUUCGUGUACAUAUGAGGAACGUCCUCGUGCUUCCCAACAUGCAGAACAAUUCCCAGAAGUUAGUGAACGAUGGCAUAGAACUCCAGAACGAGCAAUUCAGCCUAACGAUGCCCUGUCUCGUACUUCCGCCGUCCCGACUCGGAUUCACGGCGCCUUGAACAAGACUCGGGUUUUCGGCUACGGGCAUUGGAUGAACUCGAUGUCUAAGUUGGACGGUCUGCCGACACUAGAGCCUCUUUUGAAGUGCUAUGGAUCGAUCUUUCACGGUGAUGGCCACGGCGCACAAGAUUCCGCUGCAAAAACUGUGGCUGAAUGCAAGCAGUUGGCACGAGACGCGAAGAGGCAGCGUCCUAGUCGAAAGUGUCUCCCUCCUGACAUCUACUCCUCGUUCCCUGACGGUGCGGUGAUGGAUGAUCUGGUACGGUUAUACUUUGCAACAUUUGAAUCCUGCUAUCGCAUUCUAUACUACCCGUCUUUCAUCGGAGAGUAUAGGAGAUAUAAGGACGACCGGGAGAAUGCAAAGAGUUCGUUCGUCGUUGAAUUACUCCUCAUCUUGUCUGUGACGGGUAUAUUGCAUGCUGAUGCUACCAUCCGUGACGAACUCGCCACCAGAUCGAGGGACUGGAUUAAUAUUGCACAGACAUGGCUCUCCGGUCCCUUGGAAAAGGAUCGUCUCACUUUGAAUGGAAUCCAGAUUCACUGUUUGCUCCUUCUUGCACGGCAGGUGAUUCGGCUGGGGGCCGAUCUGGUUUGGAUCUCAGCGGGCUCUCUAAUGCGCAUGGCAAUGCAGAUGGGCUUACAUCAUGAUCCGAACCGUAUGGAGGAGAUGAGUCUGCAAGAAAAGGAAAUCCGAAGACGACUGUGGUACACUAUCCUCGAAAUGAAUGUCCAGGCGGCGCUGGAUUCCGGGAUGUCGCCCAUGAUCUCAACAGGAGACUUCAAUACCCUGCCACCAUCCAGGAUGAGCGACGAAGAGCUUGAGCUCGGAGGAACGCAGGUGGAAGCUCAGAGCGAAAUACAUGGGCCACCAUCACAGAAACAACUUCUCCCUUUACUAGCCGCCUCUCUCCCUCUGAGACUAGAUGUGACCAAGGUUAUCAACAGCCUACAGGAGGAACCGUCAUACGAAGAAGUCCUCCGUUUAGAAAAGGAACUAGCAACAGCCUGUCGCACUGCAACGACCGCCCUUGGCAGCACUCCGCCGCUCAAUGUUAUCUCGCACACCUCCCGAUUUGCACUCAGUCACUUCACCCAUCUCCUCCGCCGCUUCACACUCUGCCUCCACUUCCCUUACGCAAUCCAAGCCAAGAAGAAUCCACUCUACACCUACUCGCAAAAGCAUUGCCUCGACGCUACCCAAGAUAUCGUCUCCAUCAUCGACGACGAACUAUACGCUCGCCUUCUCCUCACCGGAGGUGGUAUGUUCCGCGACCUGAUCACCCGCGGCGCCUUCAUCCUCUACCUAGAAUUGACAUCCGACAUCGACGCAGAUGCCUCCCUGGUCUCACGCAGCCGGAAUCGCGCCCGGCAGGAGCCGAUUCUUCGUGACGCUCGACGGGUAGCACAGUAUGCAAAGGAGAGGAUGCGCCAUGGUGAGACCAAUGUCAAAGGGUAUGUGUUUAUUAGUAUGGCGACGGCGCAGGUUGAGGCCUUGUUUGAUGGGUCGUCACCGGAGGAGGCGGCGAUGAAUGCGGCGAGGGAGAGUUUGGAAACGUGCCGUGAGAUUUUGGAGGCGAUGGCUGUGAAAGCUUCGGGUGUUGAAACUGAGUGUGGGGUGUCGGAUGGGGCUACGCCUUUGUUUGGCGAUCUAGAUGGACAGUUUGACUUUUUGGAUGAUGGAAGUUGGGACUUUGAUUUUGGGGAGUUUAUUUUCUCUCAUCAUGGUGGGGAGGUUUCGUUGUAG